AUGGCUAACUCGAAAGCCUUGCGAUCCCUGCUCGCCUUGUUGCUACUCAUCAACACAACAUCCUCCUUGUGUCACGCCGUCAAGCAAUGCCCUCCUCCUCCCAUGAAAUGUCCGAGAGACACGGUCAAGUUUGGAGUGUGUGGGAGCUGGUUAGGUCUGGUUCGUGAGGUUAUCGGUACACCGCCGAGCCAGGAGUGUUGCUCACUCAUCAAAGGUUUGGCUGACUUUCAAGCCGCACUUUGUCUUUGCACCGCCCUUAAAACCAGCCUUCUCGGAGUCGCUCCGGUCGAUAUUCCGGUUGCUCUUACUUUGCUUCUCAACUCCUGCGGCAAGACUCUUCCGGAGGGAUUCGUCUGUUGA